AUGCAGAGGGCCACAAUACAUACGAAUGAGACUACAAUUACAGCUGGUUCUACAGCUACUGUUUAUACGGGCGGUACAUCCUCCCUCACUGCCGUCGUUGCCACCACCGUGACCAAAGCAGCACCGUCGUUGGUGGUCAUUCCUGAAACUGAGGUCCACUGUGGUGUUCUUGGUUAUUCAGGCUCCCCGCCUGUUCUCGUCACGGUGGGUUCCUUCAGUUUCGACCAAUGCAAGGCGAUUUGCACAGACCGGCCUUUCUUUGGAAUAAACCCAGUCAAAUGUAGAUGCUACGGCGAGCUUAUGAAAUACUCGGUAAUAAUGGAGACAAAUUCCGAUAUUGUCUUUUAUGAUAUGCUGUGCGCUUCAGCUAGCGAGCCAACAACCGCACGCUCUCCUGCCAAGAGAGCAGUUGGUCCUGUUAAAGUACCUGACUUUCUGCCUAGCAAAUCUCCGAGCGACGUGAGCAGUGCCUGCUCAUGCUUGAUCAAGAAGCCAUCUGCUCCCGUUAUAAUAACCACCACAGCGAAAGCUGCCAAGACUGUUACAACUACGCUUACCAGACAGACAACUGCUUUGGUCAGCAAGCAGCUGAGCAGUUUUGUUAUCAAUAAGAAGACCAGCACACCAAUAUUGGCACUGUCACCAAGACUGACUAUAAGACUGUCGUUGUCACCGAUACAAAAUUCCCUCUGA